AUGAUAAUUUUCAGGGUUGUGUCAUAUGCAGUGCCUCCGCAAGAGAUUCUUUCAAAGGAUUCGGUAACGGUUUCUGUUGAUGCCGUUGUCUAUUUUCGUACGUCUGAUCCUAUUGCUUCCGUGAACAACGUGGACGAUGCCAUAUACUCUACGAAAUUACUCGCUCAAACAACUUUGCGUAACGCUCUCGGCAUGAAAACUUUGACAGAGAUGUUAACAGAACGAGAAGCCAUUGCACAACUUUGUGAAACCAUUUUGGAUGAGGGAACAGAACAUUGGGGUGUUAAGGUGGAACGAGUUGAAGUGAAAGAUAUUAGAUUACCUCAACAGUUAACACGUGCGAUGGCAGCAGAAGCUGAAGCUGCACGCGAAGCUCGUGCGAAAGUAGUCGCAGCAGAAGGUGAACAGAAGGCAUCUCGAGCACUUAAAGAGGCUGCCGACGUAAUUCAAUCCAAUCCAGUGGCUUUACAGUUGCGACAUCUGCAAGCAUUGAAUAGCAUCGCAGCGGAACACAAUUCAACAAUCGUUUUCCCCGUGCCGGUGGAAAUGUUUGGAGCAUUUAUGAAAAAAGAUAAUUAA